AUGUCCGUCUCCGCAGCAACUCGCAAGAGCAUCAAAAAGUACUUUGGUCUGGGUGGCAUGUUCGCCCUGGGUAAGAAUGGCCCAUUCACCAUGCACGAUGUUGAUGACGAUCUGUUUCCUGCUGUGUGGUCCUUUAUUGCAGAGGUUCUGGAAACUGAAGUGGACUUGAGUCGUCUGAUAGUGGAAGAGCUGUCUAUCUUUUACAGCCAAAAGAACGAUUGUCCCAUCUGUAUCGAUGCUCACACCCUUCUGGAAGAAGCCGCCAAAGCCGUGGACGAUGACAAUGCCGUUCUUUCCUGUCAAGCCAAGGCCUAUGGUGAAACUGUCUACAUGGCCACGACCAUGAGGGAACCCAUUCCAGACACGGCGCAGCUCACACAGUUGUACCCAGACCUGUCUGAGGCGAACCGUGCCGAGAUUGCCCUGGUGCUCUUGGUGUAUCAGUACAUGAACCGAGUUGUGCGAGCUCUAUUGGGAGAACACGUGUCCACGGCCAUGUUUGGUGUGCCUCGUCCUGUUGCCACUGUCGUCGAAAGCAGCAAGGGCUUUUGGCUCUACAAAAAGAUGCUCAAGCCCUUCCUUUCCAAGGGUCUCCGCAAGAAAAACAAGCCUGGAAUCUCCGGGGAACUCUUUCCCAAGGAGAGCAAAGGCGAUGAGUUUGAACUCCCCGAGCACUUGGCCAACGCCGAAUUGGGAGGUCACGAACGCGCUCGCUCCUUGGCCAGAGUCUACCAGUUGGUGGACAAACUUUACUACAGCAGGAUCAACCAAACUGGCAUGGUCUCCACCAAAAUGAUUGCCAUCCUAGAUGCACCCGAAAACCAACUGCCCAAGACUAUCGGCACCAACAAGAUCAACUGGGCAUUGGUCCACAUGCCCACACAUGUCUUCAAGAAACAAAUGGACAAGACCAUUGACCAGGAAGUCGCGCAGGUUCUCCUCCUGGUAGACAUUAUGCCCGACGCCUUGGAACGUUCUUACUGCUGGAGAGCGGUCAAUAAGGAGUAUGGAAAGGAACAAGCGCGACUCCUCGUGUUUUGGUGGGCUCUACGAUGUACUUUUGUCAAGCAGGCCAAGGGAUUGGUAAGGACGUCGUCCAUCGAGCGCAGGGGUGAUACCGAAAACACCGAUACAGCCUCCUUAUCGGAAUCGUUUGUUUCGGAAGAUUGA